CACCACCAUGACCGAUAUCAAACACAGUCCAACUGCGGAGAUUAAAAAUUGAACAACAAAAUUACGGGAAAUGGCUGGCAAAUGAGCCAGCGGCAGAGUGAUUUCAGCGGUGUGUGCGUCUUCAAGUGUAGUAUCCAUACCCCUUUCUGGCGAAUCCGAAAUCGACCAGAAUGUUGCAGUUUCUCAAGAAGACAGGUCGAAGAAAAUCUAUCACAACCGGCAACAGCAACGAGUCAUCUUUAGCAUCGAUACUGAACAAUGAUCCAACGACGACAACGGUACCAUCUUCACUCAGAACUUGCGAUGAUGUCAUCGAUGGUGCAAAAUCACCUGAAACAGAUGAGGAGGCGCUAAGACUAGCGGAACGGUACUGCUUCGAGAAGCGAGAUACUGCCGCGCGUGUUUCGAAACUUUCGCGCCGUAUGAUUGACAUUCUGGUGGAGCAGAGUUGCAUCUGCUACUUUGUUCAGUUUCUGGAAUCGAAAAAUGCUCUUUCAUUGAUUAAGUUUUGGCUAGAGGUGGAAAGCUUCAAGGCGGCAGCAUCGGAAAGUGUGCGAGGCGUGCUUCGAUCGUCUGGUGGCGGUUCUACUCAUGCUCAUGGCCGAUUGCACCGCAGUGUCUCCUCCGACGGUUACGAUAGUCUAUCGUAUUUUAGCAUAGACUGUGAUUCGUUAUCAACGAACUCGUUUUCCGAAAAUGCCUUCGAAGACUCACAGUCGGUUGACGAUGUGCGGGAGCUGGAUUCGCGUACGUCGCAAAGCUGUACUCCGGUACCACCUCCAACGCCGCUGGAAGUGCUUGAAGAGGUAGAUAUUAAGGAUGAUGCUUCCGAGGAUGGGGCGACGAUACUGGAACAAGAUCACCCGAUUGGCAAAGAAUCUAGAGACAAACACCUGGAAGUCUGUGAUAUAACCGUCAUGCGACAGUCGCUAACCGAUGACGAAAAAACACAAAUCUGUGAAGCGGGUAAAGGGACGACCAUGGAGGCAAUGCCCGCUGCGUCAGUGACGAAAGCAACGUCCACCAUUAAUCGGCCCUUUAACUCACUCAUCAACUCGGACGCCGUAAGAAUAUAUCGGAAGUAUUUGAUCACAAAUUCACCACACUGCAUUGAAAUGCCGGCUACCAUAUUGUCCAACAUCUCGCUAGCGCUGUGCAGUAGUGGAACAUGCAGUGAGAUGAUCUUCAACGAAGCUCAGCACUUCCUGCUGGAGAUGUUGGAGCAAAACUAUUUGAACCCAUUCCUGGAGAGUUCCUUCUACUGCAAGUACACGCUGGAGGUGCUCACAAGCGAUAAUAUCACGCUGAGAGACAUUCUCGGGAGCGAAAUGGCACUGUUCUACUUUAUGGAGCAUCUAGAGCAGCAAAGCAAGCGGCACUAUCUGGAGUUUUACGUAGGAGCGGUACACUUUAAACGUUCGUUCGAAAAUCAAGUUCAAGCACAAAAGGAUGCUGUCGUGCUGUAUGAGAAAUAUUUUUCCCUACAGGCCACCAGCUCGCUCGGUUUAAGUGACAAGAUACGCUUUCUGCUCGAAGAACAUAUCUGCUCGGCCGAUCCGACCAUCUUGGCGGAAUGCUUCGAGCUUCCGGUGCGAAUUAUUGAACAUUUUCUCGAGCAGCGUUACUUUGCCGGGUUCAUAAAAUCUCAGCUUUACUGUAGGUUUAUUAGCGAGCUGCUUGGAAAAGUGAAAACGAGCACAAGCAGCGAUGUUAGUGGAAUACUUCCCGGUGGACGUACGGCUGAACAACGGACCGGUAUGACCGGUGGAGCCAAACGUGGCCAUCGGAAAACGCUCUCGGACGUAACGAGUGACGCCAGUGCGGGAGGUGGACGACGUGGAAACACGGUUGCGUUUAUUUCCUCCCAAAACACACUGCUCGCCAUGUCCGACACAAAUUACCAACGAAACCGCAAGCAUUUGGUGGCCGUUGCACUUGCCGCCUCGAAUGGACCUUCCGGUGGUGGUGGAAUUGGUAGCGGUUCUGUAGGUGGUGGUGGUGGUGAUAUCAUGCAGAUCGAUUCCCGUCAGCUGUACAAUCCGGAUCUUUUGUGGCGACGCAACUCGCCCGUCGCCGGUUUAACGUUCGGUCGGAUUGAUGCGCUCGGUCGGUACGAGCGAGAUUUCGACAUCGCCGAACCACCGUCCGGCGAUGAUCGCUGGAACAGAAACAGGAUCAAGAAAGCGGUACGGAAGCUUGUUAACUUACCGGAAGAUAAGGCACAGGAAGAGCUGGCCUGGCAGGUGGCCGAGAUGAUUGUAAAAGACAUUACUAACGUUACCAUGAACAGUAAGACGUGAUUGCAGAAAAUAACUGAUCCUCUCUGAGUCUGGGCGCAACAGCAACAAUUUAUCGCUCAUUUUUGGAUAUUGUAAUACUCCUAUUCCACCUACAUCUAAUAUGUGGAAACCACCAGGGGGUACACACCUUGGCGAUCCAGGUUUCGGCCUGGUAAGGCAAAAGUAUUAUCGUUAAACUCACACUGAUGAGAGGAGGAAGUCCUCCCAUCGCAACGCGUUCGUUGCUGUACGUAAUAUUAUUAAUUAGUAAACCGUGGCGAAUCUCUCCACUACAACAAGAUGGUGCUUAUAUAAAAAAUCUGAUAUAAACUAAUGAAUUAUAGUUCAUGACCUUAUUAUUUACUACUUACAGUAGGCAUCCAGACCUCCGAGGAGGACGAGAAGGUAUAAUUUUAUUAUACAAAUACGCUCCUACACCUUUUGAAUGUGAAAACUACAGGCACAAGGUGCGGGGUCGGAAUUGGCGCGGUCUCGAAUAAUUUUGUCCAAGUGAGUGUCCAUCCCCUUUUUAUUUACCCGUUGUGUACUUCCGUAAGAUGCAUAAUUUUAUCCUAAAAUUAAUAUUUUAUCUCGAAAAAAAGCUAUCGGUGGAUUGGAAAUUUUAAUCUCACACAUUGUUAAGUGCCGUGAGGGAAUUAGAAUGUAAAAAAAAAACCAAUUAAAAAACCUUAGUAACGAAAUUACUAAGUUUCUUAGUAUUAGAUGUAGACGUGCCAACACAGUUUUUGGGACAGCUUCGGGUAAAUGAUGAUGGUGAUCAAAGCGCAACACAGGGUCUUAGACCGAACAUUAUCGAACAAAAAAACAACAAAUAAACAAAAUCGAAUCGUUGUGCUACCGCUUUCAAUGAAUAGUAUAAGUAUUGCUGGAACCGCACGGACCGCGUAUUCAAUGUUGAAUCUGUUACAUUUUUUUUAAUAGUUGAUAAGGAAACAUUAACAACCCCAUUCAUUUUUAAACAAGUGCAACUCUCAUGAGCAAACAGGGGCCGUGGGCCGCCAUGGGAAGAACAAGGAAAUACACGAUGCAGACAACAUCGUACAAUGUCCAACUAUGUUAAGGAUAUUUAAGAAAUGAAAUAUAUUUUCUUAUGAUAACAGAA